GGAAGAGGGCACCCGUGAACUCUCUUCAGUAACUUAGAUUAAACAAAGAAGAUGGCGGUCGUGUGGCAAUAUUUUAAAGUUUCAGAGAAAGAUCAGCGUUUUGCAGUUUGCAAUACGUGUUCCGUUGAAAUCUCAAGAGGGGGGUCUGUUAGAAAGUCAUUUAACACAACAAAUCUCAUUGGACAUUUGAGAAGCAGGCACGAGGCGGUGUACGGGGAUUACCUGCAAGCUGACCAAAAACGGAAAAAUGAAGCCGCUAAGGAAGCGCAAACCCCUGUUAAGGCUCAGACUUCAAUUGACACGGCGUUUGAGAAAGCCAAACAGCUGCCUCCAGACAGCACCAAAGCGAAACAGAUAACAAACAAGGUGAUGGAGUUCAUAGCUUUAGAUGACCAGCCUUUCUCUGUAGUGGAGGACGUGGGUUUUCGGAGUCUGAUGAAGUUUAUGGAGCCACGCUACACGCUGCCGAGCCGACGUCACUUUGCCGAGGUCUGUCUCCCCGAAAUACACAACAUUGUGGCCACGCACAUUCAUGAGCUACUGGCUUGCGACAUCGCUGCAAUCAGUUUCACCACUGAUAUAUGGAGUUCAGAUGUAAGCCCUGUGAGCAUGCUUAGCCUCACGGCACAGUGGAUUAAUAAGGACUUCAACCUGGUAAAGGCAGUGUUGCACUCCCAGGAGUUUGCAGGUAUCCACUCAGCAUCUGCUAUCUCGGAGGCUUUUGAGAAAAUGUUCCAGACGUGGAAAAUCGACAAAACCAGAGUGCAUGCUGUCGUGAGAGAUAAUGCUAAGAAUAUGAAAAAAGCUAUGAUGGACAGUGUUCUGGCUAGUUUUGGCUGUAUGGCGCACACACUGCAACUGGCAAUUCAUGACGGUGUUUUUAGCCAGCGCAGCCUCACUGAUAUUGUGUCUAUAUGCCGGAAAAUCGUCGGCCACUUUAAACACUCACCCCUUGCCUAUUCACGUCUCCAGGCUGUGCAGAUCCAGUUGGGAAUGAAACCAAAAAGGCUGCAGCAAGAUGUUUCCACACGCUGGAAUAGUACAUUUUAUAUGAUGGAGAGCUUGCUGGAACAAAAGCGCGCACUUGCUACAUAUGCCGCAGACUACGACCUCCCGGCCACUCUAAAUGCGCACCAGUGGCAAUUAAUUGAAAACUUUAUAACACUCUUCUCCCCAUUUGAACAAUUGACGAGAGAAGUUAGCUCAUCAGAAGCAUCAGCUGCAGAUGUCCUCCCCUCUGUGACAGCCCUGAGACGUCUUCUGAGUAAGCAGGCUGACACCGAUCACGGCAUUAAAACAACAAAGACCUCAUUAUUAGAGGCUAUAAAUAGACGCUUCGAUCAAAUCCAGUACGAUCCCAUGUUCUGCAUUGCCACCUAUUUGGAUCCCAGAUACAAGGAUCGUUACUUUGAUGAGGAUGUUAAACAACGCGCUCGAGAAAUACUUGAGGCACACCUGUUGGCUGAUGCCGGUGCAGAGGAUGUGACGCGCGAUGGAGAGCGCGCACAUCACACAGAGCGCAAAAGGCAACGAUCCGACAGAACAGGGCCCUCCCUGCAUGAUGUGUUUGAGGAGAUUCUGGAAGAAAAUGGAUCAGAGAGGACAAGUACCUCGUCUGUAUCCCAACAACUGGGUAUUUUCCUGUCAGAGAUCACUAUUCCGAGAGGUGAGAGCGCACUUUGCUAUUGGAGAAAUAACCAUCUGCGUUUUCCAGAACUCGCACAAAUAGCACGCAAAUACCUUAGUGCGCCAUGCACCAGCGUAGAGAGUGAGCGGUUAUUCAGCUCUGUGUCUCAUGUCUUAGAUGAAAAGAGAAAUAGGCUUUGCUGUGACAAGGCAGAGAUGCUUAUCUUUGUAAAGAAAAACAUGCAUCUUAUUAAGAAGUAGGCCAGAGAUACAGCAGGUGACUUAUGUGUCAUUAAUGAUCAGAAGUGGAGGUACUGUUUUGUUUUAUAAAAUGCCCCGUGUUCGAGCCUGUGAGUUCUGAAAAAGUAAUGUUUUAUUCUGCAUGAGAAAUACACAAGGUGAAAGAUAGCCCUAUU